GAUAGAAAUCCAGUAGCGCGGAGAUCCAAGACAGGCGGGCGGGUGCGCGCGCGCGGGGGACCUGUUAGCUGUCUCGGUGCUACAGAUUUGCGCAAACCAGCACCAAGCCUGGAAACAAAAUCAACAUCUGGUCACUUCAUAAAAGCAGUGCAUCCCAAAACUUUUUUUUUUUUGCACAUGACGUGCAAGGGCAGCGGGACAAGCCGUCGGAUCGACAACAACUGAAGAAAAAGGGGGGAAAUGUCCUGGUGGCCGCGCGGUGAGGAGGGGGAGGAGAGCCAGCAUCCUGACACUGAUUCGGAUGUUGCAGAACAGAGAGAUGGUGGCAAAGUGAAAGUAAAGUGGACACAAGAGGAGGAUGACAAGCUAAAGGCACUGGUUCAAAAACUUGGACAGAAUGACUGGAAGAAUGUCGCCACCCAUAUACCAAAUCGCACCGAAAACCAAUGUCAACACCGCUGGCUUAAAGUUUUGGAUCCCGACCUAAUUAAAGGCCCUUGGACAAAAGAAGAAGAUGACAAGGUCAUAGAGCUUGUCAAUCUCUACGGUAACAAACAAUGGAGUGUCGUCGCCAAGCAUCUGAAGGGCAGGGUUGGGAAGCAGUGUCGAGAGCGUUGGCACAACCAUCUCAACCCCAGCGUGAAGAAAUCUUCAUGGACAGCUGAGGAGGACCUCGUCAUCUAUAAGGCUCACUGCGUCCUUGGAAAUCGCUGGGCUGAGAUUGCAAAGCUCUUGCCAGGAAGGACCGAUAACGCCGUCAAGAAUCACUGGAACUCAACAAUUAAGCGCAAAGUCGAAAUGGGCUUCUACUCAAGGCAGGAUUUUAAACCAAGCGAGCUUGAAGAGCUGCUCGCCCAUGUGAAAGAUAUGCAGAUUUUGAUGAUGCAGAUGCCCACUUGCUCUCAAGAUCAUGCUGACCCGGAUUCAGAGCAGGAAACGCACACCCCAGAAAUGUCAGACUUAACCACCGUCAAUGGUGACGAUGAGGCGGGUCCUUCCCGGGUUGUGCCCUCUCCGAAGGACGCGGCAAGUCUUGUGUCAGAGGGGGACAACGCAGGAGAGAUGAAUUGCACCAACUGGGUUGUGGACAACUCUGGAUUUCUCUCCCCUGCGGGGCCUGUCCUGAGGGAGGUCCUGGACAUGGUGGAUGGGGACCUCGAUGGCUGGUGUAACCUUGCAGCAUUCGACUUACCUGAAGAGAGCCACAGCCCAGAACGCCACCAGUUCCGUCUUGAAGGCAGCGCCCUGCAGGAGUUAAGCAAAGGCAGCAGAGGCGAACUCAUACCCAUCUCUCCCGGAGGGAUCACGCCUCCAUCCAUAUUGAGUCAUCGAAGUCGGAGACGCUUGUCUCCUGAUGCGAACAGCUUAAUGACGCCAAAGAGCACACCAGUCAAGAUUUUGCCCUUUUCACCCUCUCAAUUCCUUAACAUGUGGACGAAGCAGGACACUCAUGACCUGGAGAACCCAUCGCUCACAUCCACACCGGUGUGCAGCCAGAAAGCCAUCGUUACCACACCUCUGCAGAGGGACAAGACCCCGAUCAAUCGAAAGGAAAACUCUGCGUUUGUUACACCCAACCACAAGUCCGAGCUUUGCACGAUGCCACGUACUCCAACGCCAUUCAAAAAUGCCCUGGAGAAAUACGGCCCUCUGCAACCUCUGCCUCAGACUCCGAACCUUGAGGACGACAUUAAUGAAGUGAUCCUGAGAGAUGUGGGUAUUGACUUGGCGGUUCAACUUCCAGCUGUUCCUGAGCAAAGACGCAAAGCAGUGCAUCGCCCUCCGAUGAAGAAAGUCCGGAAGUCAUUGGCACUUGAUGACUGCCAAGUGAUGCCCAAGUCCAAACGCAAAUCUAAGACUGAAGCCAAACAUUGCAUCAAGGAAGAAUCGUUGUCGGUUGCCGAGAGCGCCUCUUGUUGUCGUAAAACCCAUGAAAAUAUUUUGGAUCAGGGAUUCCUUUUGGGGCCAAGUGACAGUGCUAUCUUUCCCAGUGCGGUGCCCCCAAUUCCGAUGUCCAAAGAAUGGGAGGCGGUUGCAUGUGGGCAAACAAAAGAUCAGCUCAUUAUGACGGAGAAAGCAAGGCGCUUCCUGCGCUCCAUAACAUCGCGGACGACAAACAGAGCUCUGGUCUUGUCCUGAGACUAUUUGCACCUUUGUACCAAGUUGUUACACAAACACAACAGAAUGUUCUGUUGUUUGCGUUUGAAGAAAAGUACUGUAUGCGCCUUGUAAAUGUGACAACAUGUUGGAACAACUUACGAGUCGUCUGCAUGUUUACAUGAUAGCUUAAAUCGAAAACUUCUGCAGGAACACAUUGAGAUGUAAAUGCUUUUAGAUUUUGUCGAAUUCUAAAGGCCAUUUUAAGGCUUGAAAUCAAUAUAAUUGCAUUUCAUUAUAAUUGCAGUCAAACAACUUUGUAAAUAAAUAGUUGAGCAUUCAACUAGGAAAAU